UGGCAGUCACGCUGCCUGCCGGGACCUGCGGAUGGGACAAAGGGGGACAAAAGCCAGGAGACCGCUCCGGAGAGUGUGCGGGGGUCCAGCGGGAGCGCCGGGGAGACGGGGGACGGGGAGGCUCGGAGAGAUCUGAGCGGCUGCGCUCAGCCCCGCGCCGGCUUCUGCCGCGGGGUCAGCGGGUCACUGCAGGUGCUGGAGGAGACGGCGAGCGAGCGCCGUCCUUUGUGAAAGGCGAGGGACUCUUCUCGACCGUGCUGUGUGCGUCUAAAAACCGAGUGAUGCCGGCGUGCCAGAAUCACGGAGGGUGCCCGCCCAGGAGGAGCUCACCCCUGCUGAGAUGAGGGCUGGAAACCCCUCCCCCAAGGACAUCUACAGCGUCGUCCCCCGACACCUCCAAGAAGAGGCGCGGGACAUUCUCAGGUGAAGGCAGCUUAUCUCCGUGUGGGAGAAAAGCCAGCAGUCGUUAGCCUGAAGAACUUGGCUGCGUCAGGAGACUUGACUCAAGGAGGCGACCUCUUUCAGACUGGGAGUCACACUUUGGGGAACACCAAGACAAAAGGCAGCCACGUUUUCGGACACCAGAUGAUGGACAGGCACCGAGGGGGCCAGUGGGCUCUUCGCUGACCUGGCGGGGCUGAACUUGGCACGCGUUUAAAGGCAACACCAACAGGAGGCAAACAGAAGGGAGAAAAGUAUUUUCAUGGUGUUCAGCGACCAGUCCUCCAGGAGAAGUGAGCAUGGAGACCGAGGAUAACCGGUGGCUGCGGGUGACCGUCCUCCCCGGCUGCGUGGGCUGCAGGACCGUGGCCGUCCUGGAGUCAUGGACAGUGCGGGACAUCAAGGAGCGCAUCCGGGCGGAGACGGGCUUCCCGGCGUCCGAGCAGCGGCUGUGGCUCGGCGACAGGGAGUUACCUGACUGGAUCAAGAUUGGAGAUCUGACUUCCAAAAAUCGUCAUCUAUUUGUAAACCUUCAAUCAAAAGGCUUAAAAGGGGGAGGUCGAUUUGGUCAAACAACUCCACCACUUGUGGAUUUUCUCAAGGACAUUUUAAGAAGAUACCCAGAAGGAGGACAGAUUCUUAAGGAGUUAAUUCAGAAUGCAGAAGAUGCUGGGGCCACUACAGUUAAGUUCGUGUAUGACGAGACUCAGUACGGAACAGAGACUCUUUGGUCGAAAGAUAUGGCACAGUUUCAGGGCGCCGCUCUGUACGUGUACAACAACGCGGUGUUCACGCCCGAGGACUGGCACGGCAUCCAGGAGAUAGCGAGAAGCAGGAAGAAGGACGACCCUCUGAAGGUGGGAAGAUUUGGAAUCGGGUUCAAUUCUGUCUAUCACAUAACAGAUGUUCCUUGUAUUUUUAGUGGUGACCAGAUCGGAAUGUUAGACCCUCAUCAGACACUUUUCGGUCCACACGAAUCAGGUCAAUGCUGGAAUCUCAAAGGUGACAGCAAAGAAAUCAGUGAACUUUCAGACCAGUUUGCGCCAUUCAUCGGCAUUUUUGGAAGCACCAAGGACACGUUUGUAAAGGGCAAUUUCCCGGGGACGCUGUUCCGGUUCCCCCUUCGCCUGCAGCCUUCCCAGCUGAGCAGUAACCUCUACAACAAGCAGAAGGUCCUGGAGCUGUUCGAGUCCUUCCGGGCAGACGCAGACACGGUGCUGCUCUUCCUGCGGAGCGUGCAGGACGUGUCGCUGCACGUCCGCGAGGCCGACGGGACAGAGAGGCUGGUGUUCAGAGUGACGGCCAGCGAGGAUGAGGCCCUGACUCAGGAGCGGCCGGAUGCGGUCAAGCUGCUGGGAGCGGCUAUAAGUAACUAUUGUAAGAAGAUCCCAAACAACAGCAUAACCUGUGUGACGUAUCACAUGAACAUAGCUUUGGAGGAUGCGAGUGCGCAGGACACACAGAAGACGUCGUGGCUGGUGUGCAACAGUGUGGGCGGGCGAGGGGUUAGCAGUAAACUCGAUUCUUUAGCUGACGAAUUGAAGUUCGUCCCGACCAUUGGAAUAGCGCUGUGUUUAUCCAGCGGAGAUGAUGAAACAGGAGCAACGUCUGAUUUCUCAGGAAAAGCAUUUUGUUUUCUUCCCUUGCCACCGGGCGAGGAGAGUAAAACCGGCCUCCCUGUUCACAUCAGCGGGUUCUUCGGCCUGACGGACAAUCGCAGGAGCAUCAAGUGGCGAGAGCUGGACCAGUGGCGAGAUCCGGCCGCCUUGUGGAACGAGCUGCUGGUCGUGAACGUGGUCCCGAAAGCCUAUGCCACCCUGAUCUUGGAUUCCAUCGGCCGCCUGGAGUCGCGCGGGAGCGCCAGCUCGCCCCUGUCGGUGGACACCAUCUACAAGCUCUGGCCGGACGCAGGCAGAGUGAGGGCGCACUGGCAGCCAGCGCUGGGGCCCCUGUUCCGCGAGCUGCUCCCACAUCCCGUGGUGCACUCCCUCGGCGGCCGCUGGGUGCGGCCGGAGCAGGCGCGCUUCUCCGACCUGGACGAGGGAUUGGAGCGCACCGGGGCGGUGCUCCGCUACCUCUGCAGCGCGGGGCAGCAGGUCGUGAAGGUGCCCGAGCAUCUGACGGAGGCCCUGCGGCUGGCCGCGGCCCCGGAGCAGCCCGUGCAGAAGGUGACGCCCGCGUGGGUGCGGCAGGUGCUGAGGAAGUGCGCGCCCCAGGGCAGCGCGGAGGAGAGGCUCCACCUCCUGGAAUUCGUGCUUUCGGACCAGGCCUACAGCGAGCUGCUCGGCCUGGAGCUGCUGCCGCUGCAGAACGGAAAAUUUGUCCCUUUCUCCUCCUCCGUAUCAGAUCAAGAUGUUGUUUAUAUUUCCUCAGAAGACUACCCAAGGUCUCUUUUCCCUGGUCUGGAAGGAAGAUUUAUUUUGGACAACUUGAAGCCUCACCUUCUAGCUGCUUUAAAGGAAGCUGCCCAAACUCGAGCACAGCAGCUUCUCUGGGGAUACUCAGGGAGGCCGUGCACCCAGCUGCAGCUCCUGAACCCCGAGCGGUUUGCGCGGCUCAUCAAGGAAGUGAUGAGCGCGCUCUGGCCUGGCAGAGAGCUGAUCGUUCACUGGUACCCAUUAGAUGAAGACAAGCAUCAUCCGUCUGUCUCAUGGCUUAAAAUGGUUUGGAAGAAUCUCUACAUACAUUUUUCAGAGGACCUGACGUUGUUUGACGAGAUGCCACUUGUCCCCAGGACAGCACUGGAGGAAGGGCAGACAUGUGUGGAGCUCAUCAGACUCAGGGUCCCGUCAUCGGUCAUUUUGGAAGAUGAGUCUGAAGCGCAGCUGCCAGAAUUUUUAGCUGACGUUGUCCAAAAACUUGGAGGGAUCGUCCUUAAAAAGUUAGAUGCCUGCAUACAACAUCCACUUAUUAAAAAAUACAUUCACUCGCCAUUGCCAGCUGCUGUUCUGCAGAUAAUGGAGAAGAUGCCACUUCAGAAGCUGUGUAAUCAGGUAGCCUCGCUGCUUCCAACGCACAAAGACGCCCUGAGGAAGUUCUUAGCCAGUUUGACUGAGAGCAGUGAAAAGGACAAAAGGAUAAUUCAGGAAUUGCCAAUAUUCAAACGAAUUGACCACUCAUCUGGCCAGGGAGUUUCCUCUUACACAAAACUGAAAGGUUGUAAAGUCCUGCACCAUACCGCCAAACUCCCACCAAACCUGCGACUCUCGGUUUCAGUGAUAGACAGUGGUGACGAGGCUACUAUUCGCCUGGCAAAUAUGUUGAAAAUAGAGAAAUUAAAGACCACUGGCUGCUUAAAGAUUGUUUUAAAAGAUAUUGAAAGUGCAUUUUACUCACAUGAAGAAAUAACACACCUUAUGUUGUGGAUCCUAGAGAAUCUAUCCUCUCUUAAAAAUGAGAAUUCGAACGUGCUCGAUUGGUUAAAGCCAUUAAAAUUCAUUCAGAUGUCCCAGGAACGGAUGGUGUCAGCCAGCGAGCUCUUUGAUCCUGAUGUGGAAGUCCUGAAGGAUCUCUUUUAUAAUGAAGAGGAAGCUUGCUUCCCGCCGUCAGCUUUUACCUCACCAGAUGUUCUUCACUCUUUGAGACAGAUUGGUUUGAAAAACGAAGCCAGUCUCACAGAGAAAGAUGUUGUGCAGGUGGCGAAAAAAAUUGAAGCUUUACAGGUCAGUGCUUGCCCGAAUCAGGAAGUUCUCACAAAGAAAGCCAGGACACUCCUGCAGGUUUUAAAUAAGAAUCCCACGCUGCUGCAGUCGUCAGAAGGGAGGAUGAUGCUGAAGAAGAUGAAAUGGGUUCCAGCUUGCAAAGAGCGGCCCCCGAAUUACCCAGGCUCCCUGGCGUGGCGGGGGGAUCUGUGCAGGCUGUGCGCCCCACCAGAGAUGUGUGACUCGGCCCACGCGGUUCUCGUUGGCGCUGCACUUCCUCUUGUUGAGAGUGUCCACGUGGACCUGGCAAAAGCUUUAGAUGUGUUCACAAAGCCUAGCAUCAGUGCUGUCUUAAAACACUUCAAGAUUGUGGUUGAUUGGUAUACUUCGAAAACGUUCAGUGAUGAAGACUACUACCAAUUCCAACAUAUUUUGCUGGAAAUCUAUGGCUUCAUGCAUGAUCAUUUAAAUGAAGGGAAAGAUGCUUUCAGAGCCUUAAAAUUUCCAUGGGUUUGGACUGGCAAAAAAUUUUGUCCCCUCACCCAAGCUGUGAUAAAGCCAUUCCAUGACCUUGACCUUCAGCCUUAUUUGUAUAGCGUGCCUAAAACCAUGGCAAAAUUCCACCAGCUGUUUAAGGUCUGUGGUUCAAUAGAGGAGUUGACAUCGGAUCAUAUUUCCAUGGUCAUCCAGAAGGUGUAUCUGAAAAGUGAUCAAGACCUCAGUGAACAAGAAAGCAAGCAAAACCUCCACCUGAUGCUGAACAUUGUCAGGUGGCUGUACAGCAAUCAGAUCCCAGCCAGCCCCAACACGCCCGUUCCCAUACAUCAUGGCAGAAAGCCUUCUAAACUCAUCAUGAAGCCAAUUCACGAGUGCUGCUACUGUGACAUCAAAGUCGACGACCUGAAUGACUUACUGGAAGAUUCGGUGGAACCAAUCAUUCUGGUGCACGAGGACAUACCCAUGAAAACCGCGGAGUGGCUGAAAGUCCCAUGCCUCAGCACCAGGCUGAUCAACCCUGAGAACAUGGGGUUUGAGCAGUCAGGACAGAGGGAACCACUUACUGUAAGAAUUAAAAACAUCCUGGAAGAAUAUCCUUCAGUGUCAGAUAUUUUCAAAGAACUACUUCAAAAUGCUGAUGAUGCAAACGCAACAGAAUGUAGCUUCCUGAUUGACAUGAGAAGAAAUAUGGACAUCAGAGAGAACCUCCUGGACCCAGGCAUGGCGGCGUGUCACGGGCCCGCUCUGUGGUCCUUCAAUAAUUCUGAGUUCUCAGAUUCCGACUUUGUGAACAUCACUAGGUUAGGAGAGUCUUUAAAAAGAGGAGAAGUUGACAAAGUUGGGAAGUUUGGUCUUGGAUUUAAUUCCGUGUACCAUAUUACUGACAUUCCCAUCAUUAUGAGUCGAGAAUUCAUGAUCAUGUUCGAUCCAAACAUAAACCAUAUCAGUAAACACAUUAAAGACAAAUCUAAUCCUGGGAUCAAAAUUAAUUGGAGUAAACAACAGAAGAGACUUAGGAAAUUUCCUAAUCAGUUCAAACCGUUCAUAGAUGUGUUUGGCUGUCAGUUACCCUUGACCAUAGAAACACCUUACAGCUACAGUGGAACUCUUUUCCGGCUGUCCUUUAGAACACAACAGGAAGCAAAAGUGAGUGAAAUCAGUAGCACCUGCUAUAAUACAGCUGAUAUCUACUCUCUUGUGGACGAAUUUAGUCUCUGUGGACACAGGCUUAUCCUCUUCACUCAGAAUGUAAACUCAAUGUAUUUAAAGUAUUUGAAAAUUGAGGAAAGCAAUCCCAGCUUAGCACAGGAUACAAUAAUAAUUAAAAAAAAACUCUGCUCUUCCAAAGCACUGAAUGCACCUAUCCUAAGUGUUUUAAAAGAAGCUGCUGAGCUCAUGAAAACUUGCAGCAGCAGCAGCAACAAAAAGCCUCCUCCAGAUGCGCCCAAGUCGUCUUGCAUUCUUCAGAUCACCGUUGAAGAAUUUCACAACGUGUUCAGAAGGAUUGCCGACUUGCAGUCGCCGCUGUUUAGAGGUCCAGACGAUGACCCAGCUGCUCUCUUUGAAAUGGCUAAAUUGGGCCAAUCGAAAAGGCCAUCCGAUGAGUUGCCCCAGAAAACAGCAGAGUGCACCACGUGGCUUCUGUGCAGCUGCAUGGAUGCAGGGGAGGCCCUGAGGUUCUCCCUGAGCGAAAGUGGGAGGAGACUGGGGCUGGUUCCCUGUGGGGCCGUGGGAGUUCUGCUCUCUGAAGUCCAGGACCAGAAGUGGGCUGUGAAACCACACACUGGAGAGGUGUUUUGCUACUUACCUUUACGAAUAAAAACAGGGUUGCCAGUUCACAUCAAUGGGUGCUUUGCUGUCACUUGCAAUAGAAAAGAGAUCUGGAAGACAGAUACGAAGGGACGGUGGAACACCACCUUCAUGAGACACGUUGUUGUGAAGGCCUACCUCGAGGCGCUCAGUGUCCUGCGGGACUUGGCCAUCGGUGGGGAGCUGGUGGAUUACACUUACUAUGCAGUGUGGCCCGAUCCUGAUUUAGUUCACGAUGACUUUUCUGUGAUUUGUCAAGGGUUUUAUGAAGAUAUAGCUCAUGGAAAGGGGAAAGAGUUGACCAGAGUCUUCUCUGAUGGAUCUACGUGGGUUUCCAUGAAGAAUGUGAGGUUUCUAGAUGACUCUAUACUUAAAAGAAGGGAUGUUGGUCCAGCAGCCUUCAAGAUAUUUUUGAAAUACCUCAAGAAGACUGGGUCAAAAAACCUCUGUGCUGUGGAACUUCCUUCUUCGGUAAAACUAGGAUUUGAAGAAGCUGGCUGCAAACAGAUACUGCUUGAAAAUACAUUUUCAGAGAAACAGUUUUUCUCAGAAGUGUUUUUCCCAAAUAUUCAAGAAAUUGAAGCAGAACUCCGAGAUCCUUUAAUGAAUUUUGUUCUGAAUGAAAAAGUUGAUGAAUUCUCAGGAAUUCUUCGGGUCACCCCGUGUAUCCCUUGCUCUCUGGAGGGGCAUCCUUUGGUUUUGCCUUCAAGAUUAAUUCACCCUGAAGGACGAGUCUCAAAGUUGUUUGAUACUAAAGAUGGACGCUUUCCUUAUGGUUCUGCUCGGGAUUAUCUUAACCCUAUUAUUUUGGUUAAAUUAGUUCAGUUAGGUAUGGCAAAAGAUGACAUUUUAUGGGAUGACAUGCUAGAACGUGCAGAGUCGGUGGCUGAAAUUAACAAAACUGACCAUGCGGCUGCUUGUCUGAGAAGCAGUAUCUUGCUGAGUCUUAUUGAUGAAAAGCUAAAAAUAAGGGAUCCUAGAGCAAAGGAUUUUGCUGCAAAGUAUCAAACAAUCCCCUUCCUUCCAUUUCUGACAAAACCAGCAGGUUUUUCUCUGGACUGGAAAGGUAACAGUUUUAAGCCUGAAACCAUGUUUGCUGCAACUGACCUGUAUACAGCUGAGCAUCAGGAUGUAGUUUGUCUCUUGCAGCCAAUUCUAAAUGAGAACUCACAUUCCUUUAGAGGUUGUGGUUCAGUGCCACUGGCUGUUAAGGAGUUUUUGGGAUUACUGAAGAAGCCAACAGUUGAUCUCGUUGUAAACCAAUUGAAAGAAGUUGCGAAAUCGGUUGAUGAUGGAAUUACGUUAUACCAGGAGAACAUCACCAAUGCUUGCUACAAAUACCUACAUGAAGCAAUGAUGCAAAAUGAAAACACUAAGUUAUCAAUUGUUGAGAAGUUAAAAUCCUUUAAUUUCAUUCUAGUUGAAAAUGUAUAUGUUGGCUCCGAAAAGGUUUCUUUUCAUUUGAAUUUUGAAGCAGCACCAUACCUUUAUCAGUUGCCAAAUAAAUAUAAAAAUAAUUUCCGUGAACUUUUUGAAAGUGUGGGCGUAAGGCAGUCAUUUACUGUUGAAGAUUUUGCCCUUGUUUUGGAAACCAUUGAUCAAGAAAGGGGGACAAAGCAAAUAACAGAAGAGGGUUUCCAGCUUUGCCGGCGAAUAAUUAGUGAAGGGAUAUGGAGUCUUAUUAGAGACAAGAAACAAGAAUUUUGUGAGAGAAAUUAUGGCAGAAUAUUAUUGCCAGAUACUAACCUGAAGCUUCUCCCUGCUCAGUCUUUGUGCUACAACGAUUGUCCCUGGAUAAAAGUGAAGGACAGCUCUGUGAAGUACUGUCACGCUGACAUACCCAGGGAAGUGGCUGUGAAACUGGGGGCAGUGCCAAAGCGACAUAAAGCCUUGGAAAGGUACGCGUCCAACAUCUGCUUCACUACUCUGGGCACUGAAUUCGGACAGAAGGAGAAACUGACCAGCAGAAUUAAGAGCAUCCUUAAUGCCUAUCCUUCAGAAAAGGAAAUGUUGAAAGAACUUCUUCAAAAUGCCGAUGAUGCAAAGGCCACAGAAAUCUGUUUUGUGUUUGACCCCAGGCAGCACCCGGUGGACAGGAUAUUUGACGACAAGUGGGCGCCCCUGCAGGGGCCGGCCCUUUGUGUGUAUAACAACCAGCCUUUUACAGAAGACGAUGUCAGAGGGAUUCAGAAUCUUGGAAAAGGCACCAAAGAAGGAAACCCUUACAAAACGGGGCAGUAUGGAAUAGGGUUCAAUUCUGUGUACCAUAUAACAGACUGCCCUUCUUUCAUUUCAGGAAAUGACAUCCUGUGCAUUUUCGAUCCUCAUGCCAGGUACGCACCAGGGGCCACAUCCAUUAGUCCUGGCCGCAUGUUUAGAGAUUUGGAUGCAGAUUUCAGGACACAGUUCUCAGAUGUUCUGGAUCUUUACUUGGGAAACCACUUUAAACUGGAUAAUUGCACAAUGUUUAGAUUUCCUCUUCGUAAUGCAGAAAUGGCAAAAGUUUCAGAAAUUUCUUCAGUUCCGUCAUCAGACAGAAUGGUCCAGAACCUUUUGGACAAAUUGCGGUCAGAUGGAGCAGAACUUUUAAUGUUUCUUAAUCACAUGGAAAAAAUCUCAAUUUGUGAAAUAGAUAAAACCACUGGGGCUCUCAAUGUGCUGUAUUCUGUGAAGGGCAAAAUCACCGAUGGAGACAGAUUGAAAAGGAAGCAAUUUCACGCAUCUGUAGUUGACAGCGUUACUAAAAAGAGACAGCUCAAAGACAUCCCAGUCCAGCAGAUCACCUAUACUAUGGAUACUGAGGACUCUGAAGGAAACCUUACCACCUGGCUCAUUUGUAAUCGGUCAGGCUUCUCAAGUAUGGAGAAAGUAUCGAAGAGCGUCAUAUCAGCUCACAAGAACCAGGAUAUUACCCUCUUCCCGCGCGGCGGAGUGGCUGCCUGCAUCACCCACAACUACAAGAAACCCCACAGGGCCUUCUGUUUCUUACCCCUCUCCCUGGAGACGGGCUUGCCGUUCCACGUGAACGGCCACUUUGCUCUAGAUUCGGCCAGAAGAAAUCUGUGGCGUGACGACAAUGGAGUUGGUGUUCGGAGUGACUGGAAUAACAACUUAAUGACAGCAUUGAUAGCCCCUGCGUAUGUCGAAUUACUGAUCCAGUUAAAAAAGCGGUAUUUCCCUGGUUCUGACCCAACGUUAUCCGUUUUACAGAACACACCUAUUCAUGUCGUGAAGGACACUUUGAAGAAAUUUUUGUCAUUUUUCCCAGUCAACAGGCUUGAUCUGCAACCAGAUUUGUACUGUCUAGUGAAAGCACUUUAUAGUUACAUUCACGAGGAUAUGAAACGUCUUUUACCUGUUGUACGGGCUCCAAACAUUGACGGCUCUGAUCUGCAUUCUGCAGUUAUAAUUACUUGGAUUAAUAUGUCUACUUCAAAUAAAACGAGGCCAUUUUUUGACAACUUACUGCAGGAUGAAUUACAAAACCUUAAAAAUGCAGAUUAUAAUAUCACAACACGGAAAACAGUAGCAGAGAACGUGUAUAGACUGAAACACCUGCUUUUGGAAAUUGGCUUCAACUUGGUUUACAACUGUGAUGAAACCGCCAACCUGUACCACUGUCUCAUUGACGCAGAUAUUCCCGUGAGCUAUGUGACCCCCACUGACGUCAGGGCUUUUUUAAUGACGUUCUCCUCUCCAGACACCAACUGCCACAUUGGGAAACUGCCUUGUCGUCUCCAGCAGACUAACCUAAAACUUUUUCAUAGUUUAAAGCUUUUAGUUGAUUAUUGUUUUAAGGAUGCAGAGGAAAGUGAGAUAGAAGUGGAGGGACUUCCCCUUCUCAUCACACUGGACAGUGUUUUGCAAACUUUUGAUACAAAGCGACCCAAGUUUCUAACAACAUACCAUGAAUUGAUUCCAUCCCGCAAAGACUUGUUCAUGAAUACAUUGUAUUUGAAAUACAGUAAUAUUUUAUUGAGCUGUAAGGUUGCAAAAGUGUUUGACAUCUCCAGCUUUGCUGAUUUGUUGUCUUCUGUAUUGCCUCGUGAAUAUAAGACUAAAAAUUGUACAAAGUGGAAAGAUAAUUUUGCAAGUGAGUCCUGGCUUAAGAAUACAUGGCAUUUUAUCAGUGAAUCUGCAAAUGUGAAAGAAGACCAAGAAGAAACAAAACCAACAUUUGACGUUGUUGUUGAUACCCUAAAAGACUGGGCAUUGCUUCCAGGAACAAAGUUCACCGUGUCAGCCAAUCAGCUUGUCGUUCCUGAAGGGGAUGUUCUGCUGCCUCUGAGCCUGAUGCACAUCGCAGUUUUCCCAAAUGCCCAGAGUGAUAAAGUGUUUCAUGCUCUCAUGAAAGCUGGCUGCAUCCAGCUUGCUUUGAACAAAAUGUGUUCCAAAGACAGUGCAUUUGUUCCUCUGUUGUCAUGUCACACGGCAAACAUAGAGAGCCCCACGAGUAUUUUGAGGGCUGUACACUAUAUGGUUCAAACUUCAACGUUUAGAACUGAAAAAUUAGUAGAAAAUGACUUUGAAGCACUUUUGAUGUAUUUCAACUGCAAUUUGAGUCACUUGAUGUCCCAAGAUGACAUAAAAAUUUUAAAGUCACUUCCAUGCUACAAAUCCAUCAGUGGUCGCUAUAUGAGCAUUGCAAAAUUUGGAACAUGCUAUGUGCUUACAAAAAGUAUUCCCUCAGCAGAAGUGGAAAAGUGGACACAAUCAUCAUUAUCUGCAUUUCUUGAAGAGAAAAUACACUUAAAAGAACUGUAUGAGGUGCUUGGCUGUGUGCCUGUGGAUGACCUUGAGGUAUAUUUGAAACACCUCUUACCAAAAGUUGAAAAUCUCUCCUAUGAUGCAAAAUUAGAGCAUUUGAUCUACCUUAAGAAUAGAUUAUCAAACAUUGAGGAAUUGUCAGAGAUCAAGGAACAACUUUUUGAAAAACUGGAAAGUUUAUUGAUAAUCUAUGAUGCUAACAAUCGAUUAAAGCAAGCAAAACAUUUCUAUGAUAGAACUGUGAGAGUUUUUGAAGUUAUGCUUCCUGAAAAAUUGUUUGUUCCAAAGGACUUCUUUAAAAAAUUGGAACAACUUAUAAAACCCAAAAAUCAAGUUGCAUUUAUGACCUCCUGGGUGGAAUUCUUAAGAAAUAUUGGACUAAAAUACAUACUUUCUCAGCAGCAGUUGUUACAGUUUGCUAAGGAAAUCAGUGUGAGAGCUAACACAGAAAACUGGUCUAAAGAAACAUUGCAAAAUACAGUCGAUAUCCUUCUCCAUCAUAUAUUCCAAGAACGAACAGAUUUAUUAUCUGGAAGUUUUUUGAAAGAACUGUCUUUAAUACCAUUCUUAUGUCCUGAGCGGGCCCCUGCUGAAUUCAUUAGAUUUCACCCUCAGUAUCAAGAGGUAAAUGGAACACUUCCACUUAUAAAGUUCAACGGGGCACAAGUGAAUCCAAAAUUCAAGCAGUGUGACGUGCUGCAGCUGUUAUGGACAUCCUGCCCUAUUCUUCCAGAGAAAGCCACGCCCCUGAGCAUCAAAGAACAGGAAGGUAGUGACCUUGGCCCACAAGAGCAGCUUGAACAAGUCUUAAGCAUGCUUAACGUUAACCUGGAUCCCCCUCUUGAUAAGGUCAUUAAUAACUGUAGGAACAUAUGCAACAUUACAACUUUGGAUGAAGAAAUGGUAAAAACCAGAGCAAAGGUCUUGAGGACCUUAUAUGAAUUUCUCAGUGCAGAAAAAAGGGAAUUUCGUUUCCAGCUGCGGGGCGUUGCUUUUGUGAUGGUAGAGGAUGGUUGGAAGCUUCUGAAGCCUGAAGAGGUAGUGAUAAAUCUAGAAUAUGAAUCUGACUUUAAACCUUACUUGUACAAACUGCCCUUGGAACUUGGCACCUUUCAUCAGCUGUUCAAACAUUUAGGUACCGAAGAUGUCAUUUCAACUAAGCAGUAUGUUGAAGUGUUGAGCCGCAUAUUCAAAAGUUCCGAAGGAAAGCAAUUAGAUCCUAAUGAAAUGCGUACAGUUAAGAGAGUAGUUUCUGGUUUGUUCAAGAGUCUACAAAACGACUCAGUCAAGGUGAGGAGUGAGCUUGAGAAUGUACGCGACCUUGCCCUUCACCUUCCAAGCCAAGAUGGUAGACUGGUGAAGUCCAGCAUCUUAGUGUUUGAUGAUGCGCCGCAUUACAAAAGUAGAAUCCAGGGGAAUAUUGGUGUGCAAAUGUUGGUUGAUCUGAGCCAGUGCUAUUUAGGGAAAGACCACGGGUUUCAUACUAAGUUAAUAAUGCUUUUUCCUCAAAAACUCAGACCCCGUUUACUGAGCAGUAUACUUGAAGAGCAGCUGGAUGAGGAGAUGCCCAAGGUGUGUCAGUUUGGGGCCCUGUGCUCUCUCCAGGGAAGGUUGCAGCUCCUCCUGUCUUCUGAACAGUUCAUUACGGGACUGAUUAGAAUCAUGAAGCAUGAAAACGAUAACGCUUUCCUGGCCAAUGAAGAAAAAGCCAUAAGACUUUGCAAAGCCCUAAGAGAAGGCCUGAAAGUGUCCUGUUUUGAAAAACUCCAGACAACAUUGAGAGUUAAAGGCUUUAAUCCCAUCCCCCACAGUAGAAGUGAAACUUUUGCUUUUCUGAAGAGAUUCGGGAAUGCUGUUAUCCUGCUGUACAUACAACAUUCAGACAGCAAAGACAUUAAUUUUCUACUAGCAUUAGCAAUGACGCUUAAAUCGGCCACUGACAACUUGAUUUCUGACACUUCGUACUUAAUUGCUAUGCUGGGAUGCAAUGAUAUUUAUAGGAUCAGUGAGAAACUCGACAGUUUAGGGGUGAAAUAUGACUCCUCAGAACCGUCAAAGCUUGAACUUCCAAUGCCUGGCACUCCAAUACCCGCCGAAAUUCAUUACACCCUGCUUAUGGAUCCGAUGAAUGUCUUCUACCCGGGAGAAUACGUGGGGUACCUGGUCGAUGCCGAAGGGGGUGACAUCUACGGGUCAUACCAGCCAACGUACACAUACGCAAUCAUUGUACAAGAAGUUGAAAGAGAAGAUGCCGACAACUCUAGCUUUCUAGGGAAGAUCUAUCAGAUUGAUAUUGGGUACAGUGAAUAUAAAAUAGUUAGCUCCCUUGAUCUUUAUAAGUUUUCAAGGCCAGAGGAAAGCUCUCAAAGCCGAGACAGCGCCCCUUCUACCCCAACCAGCCCUACGGAGUUCCUCGUCCCCGGCGUACGAAGCGUCCCUCCUCUCUUCUCUGGCAAAGAGGGCCACAAGACCUCCUCUUCCAAACACCACCCCCCAAAGAAGCUCAAGGUGAGUUCUUUACCAGAAGUUUUAAAAGAAGUGACGGCAGUGGUGGAGCAAGCUUGGAAGCUUCCAGAAUCUGAGAGAAAGAAGAUUAUUAGGCGGUUAUAUUUGAAGUGGCACCCUGACAAAAAUCCAGAGAACCAUGACAUGGCCAAUGAGGUUUUUAAACAUUUGCAGAAUGAAAUUAACAGAUUAGAGAAACAGUCUUUUCUGGAUCAAACUGCAGACAGAAGCUCGAGGCGGACGUUUUCCACCUCGGCCUCCCGAUUUCAGUCAGAGAAAUACUCAUUUCAGAGGUUUUAUACUUCAUGGAAUCAAGAAGCGACAAGCCAUAAAUCUGAACGACAACAGCAAAAUAAAGACAAAUGCCCGCCUUCAGCUGGACAGACUUACUCCCAGCGGUUCUUUGUUCCUCCCACGUUCAAGUCCGUCGGUAACCCGGUUGAAGCACGGAGGUGGUUAAGACAAGCCAGAGCGAAUUUCUCAGCUGCCAGGAAUGACCUUCAUAAAAAUGCCAAUGAGUGGGUGUGCUUCAAGUGCUACCUUUCCACCAAGUUGGCCUUGAUCGCUGCUGACUAUGCUGUGAGGGGCAAGUCCGAUAAGGACGUGAAGCCAACUGCACUUGCCCAAAAAAUAGAGGAAUAUAGUCAGCAACUGGAAGGACUGACCAAUGACGUCCACACUUUGGAAGCAUACGGGGUGGACAGUUUAAAAACGAGAUACCCCGAUUUGCUCCCUUUCCCACAGAUCCCCAAUGACAGGUUCACGUCUGAGGUGGCCAUGAGGGUGAUGGAGUGUACUGCCUGUAUCAUCAUAAAACUUGAAAACUUUAUACAACAGAAAGCGUGACAGUGUUUGAAGAAAAACAGUAGACCUGAGUCCUGAAUGUGUCAUAGCACAAAUAGGAACUGCUGCCCUCCCUCCAGCUUCAUGGCUGCGUGUCAGGAACUGCAGAACACAGAGCAGGCUGCCUGGAAAGGAUCUUGGAGUUGCUGUGACUGCGAGUAUCCACAGAAGACCUUGACUGAUUCUAAGAGGAAAUUAUUUUGAAAGCAGUGGUGGACUGCAGAAUCACUAGAUGUACUUGAAUGGCUAAGACAGCCUAGUGUUGAAUUGCACUUUGUCACCAAAGCUUGGCCGUUUGUUAGAGGGGAGUCUGCUCGUGCCUGUGGUUGGGAUAGAGUUAAUUUUGUGUUUUUAACGUGGUCUUUUCGAAGGAGCUAACAAAACACUGGAAUACCAUUGGUUUAAACAAAUAAGGGGAAUUAAGUCCUAGAAUUUUAUUGUUUCUUUAAGUGGGUCCUCUUGGCCAUAUGCUGUUUUCUUAUCAGCUGGAUCUGAUUAUGAAUUUGUUGCCAUUUUACAUCUUAAAUCCUCAGUCCAUUGAAAGCGUGGUACCAUGUUUUAUUCCUGAACGUUACUUGAUUAGGAGCAGGCGGGUAGUGCUUGUUACGGUGCGCUGGGUGCACUUUGCAUCUUUACGUGAAAUGUUUUUUACACUUUAUGUUUACAGUUGCCUCUUUCAGGAAGAUAGUGUAUGGGAAACUCAAAACUGUGGCAGUUCUUACCACCAGGUGUCCAUAUUGCUUCCGGGAACUGCUUACCAAAACAACAUUUAUCAGCUGUUAGAACAUUGGCCUCAUGUUCGUUUGUACAUACUUUCCACAGAUGUCCUAAUUUAUAUAGUGUAGCUGAACAGGAUACGGUCUUUCAUUGUCUAAAGGUGCUGCAGUUAAAAAAAAAAAUCCUUGUCUUUCAAAAUGGCACUUGGUGGAGCCUUGAAAAACUGUAGAAUCAUUGUGACAACAUCCAGUAGUUUGUAAGAGAGGAAUGGUCAGCUGUGUGUCCCGUGAACGAGCAGAAUCGACCGUUCACUCCCGUUGUGUUUGAAUGUCCCACCACAGGCGUCUAACGCACUUCUUGAACAGAAUGUAAAAGGGUAAUGAUAAGUAGUUCACACGUGUGCUGGCUGUAAAUGAUGCUAAAAGUUGACGCUAAAAAUAUUAUAUUUUUAAUUGCAUAAAAAUAUAAUAUUUUAUGCAGUUAAGGGCUUAUGGAACAUUACACCUUUUUUACUUUUAUUGGUAAUAAGGAAUGUCUGCACCACCGUGAUUCUCUUGCUUCUGGAUGUGGAGCCGUGUAACUUUCUGCUGUUAUAUUAAGUGCCAUAAUUUUAAUAAAGUGAAAC